UCAGAGACAUAGCGGGACUGCGGCGGGCAUUCUGACACGGGGGGAACUUACUUGGUGUCACUGACAUCCCCAGUGACACCAAUACAGUGAUCAGUGCUAAAGAAAAACACUGGCACUGUGCUAAUGGCACUGGGCAGGAAGGGGUUAACAUAAGAGGCGAUCAAAGGGUUAACUGUGUGCUGGGUGUGUUUUACUAUGGGUCCAUGUGUUUGUGCUUCACUGCAAGCACACUGCUUUGUAUGGCUGUCCUAUGCACAGCCAUGCAAAGCAGUGUGCGUGAGCUGACAGGGAGGAGAACUGCUUUGUUUUUAAACAGUUCUUCUUCCCGUAGGAGUUCCUUAGCAAUCACUGGGCACCAGCGAAUAAUCACUGGCUGGGACCGGGUGAUUGACAGCCACAGCUUUGAAUGGAGGCAC